ACCACAACUACACCUACAACCACCCCAACCACACCCACAACCACCACUACAUCCCUGACUAUGACAACUACACCCACACCCACCCCAGUAACAACUGCACCCACGACUACCACAACAACUACAACCACCCCAACCACAACUGCAACCACAACCACCCCGACUACAAUUGCAACCACCACUACUCUGACCACGACUGCACCCACAACAACAUCUACACCCACAACCACCCCAACAACAAGUACAACCACAACUACUACAACAACCACAUCUCCUCCACCCACUCCAGUGAUCUUCUCCUGUCUGAACGUGACAACCUCAGAGCAGCAGCAAGCUUACUUUGUUCCUCAAGACAGCACAAAAGUUCAGCAGUGCAAAACUCAUCUGAAGGUUUACAUUGUUAUUCUGGUGGUAGAGAUUAUCUGCACAUUGGCUCUGGCUAAGUUCACCAUUUCACUUUAUCACCUACUCCAGCGCAGUGAGAGGUUGUACCACAAAGUGAAACUCACCCGCUUCUCCUACAAGAGGGAAGUCAUCCUACGGCCUCUGCGAGAGGCAGAGACCCGAGGACUUUGAAUUUUCUGAGGUGCUGCUAGAGAUCAGAGUUUAAUCAUCCGAAAGAUCACCAGGAUGGCAAAUAGGCCAGAAGCAAUCAUACAACUUAUCACAACAUCCUUAAAGCUGUAAUAAUUCAUCUUAAAUGAUUUGGGAGCAGUGGAGCGAUAAGAUGAAGAAAGAAUAAGAAGUAAGAAUGAUGCAUACACAUGCAUUAGGUUUUGUAUCCCUUGCUCAAAUGUAAUGUUUCUGGAUGUUUUCUCUGUUUUUGCUUAAAAAUAU